AUGGUAAUCAAUGUUUUGAUUAAUUCUCCGAUGGGGAGUGUAUUCCUUGAAUCUCAUGAUGCUAGUGACUCCUCUAUUGAUGCUACAAAAUUGUUCAAAUUUUUUGAGAAUACAAUCUUGAAAAUUGGGAAGGAAAAUGUGGUGCAAGUUGUGACUGAUAAUGCAAGGGGGAAUAAGAAAGCGGGUGAAUUGUUGAAGGGAGUGUACCCACAUAUUUUCUGGACUCCUUGUGCUGUUCACUUUUUUGUCAAGACUGUUAAGAUACAUUCUUAUAUCAGCCAAAGGGCAUUAUUGUUGAACAUGAUGAGGAGAUUCACAAACCAAAGAAAUCUGGUAAAACUUGCGAAGACAAGUUACUGUACUUCGUUUGGUGGAUGGAGAGAAACACCACCAAUGGGCUACAUUUAUGAAGCCAUGGAUAGGGCAAAAGAAAGUAUUGAAAGUACAUUUGAUCAUGAUAAAAGGAAAUAUGAGAAGGUUUUUGAAAUUAUUGAUGCAAGGUGGACGGAUCAACUUCAUCAACCUUUGCAUGCAACGACACAUAUUUUGACCUCUGGGCUCUAUGGUAAAAAUAGUGAGAUGAAGACUUUGGAUGAAGAAGUGUGGCUGGGAUAUCAUGCAUCUUUGAUAGACAAAAUAUGGGAGGAGCUUGGUAGGUAUAUGAAAGCUGGUGGUCUACUAGGAUUGGAAUCAACCAUUAGAGCUGGAACCUUAAGGUCACCAGUUGAUGAUGCAAAUGAAUGGUUGACGAGAGCCCUUUCAAAUCAUGAAGAUGAAGAAGUUUAUGAAGGAGAAGAUCUCACUUAUGGUCAUGUUGCUUCAGCAAGUGGUGUUGAGGAAAGUGUGUUUGGUUUUAGGGGGAGUACCUUAAAUGACAAGGAAAGAGCAGGUUCAAGUAGAACCUUUGUUGAUGAGGCUUCUGAUGAUGAAGAAGAUAAUGUUCAAGAUAAUAGUAUGAUGACACUUCAAGAGUUUGGAGAUAUUGUUGAGGAAUAG